AUGCAUGAUUUAGCUGCGAAUUUACCGCCAAUAUCUCCUUUGCGACAUACAUGUGCAACUCUUGGCCAUGGAACUCGGUUUCUGAAUCGAACUUUUCAAAAUCAGUUUUCGGUUAUUAUAAGUAUCAGAAGAAAAAAUCGUUGCUGCAAUCAAAAUCUAUCGAAGCCAUCUAUCACUACUAAAAAAAUCUUAUUAACUAAUAACGACACUAAAAAAUUUUUUGAUUUUUUGCUUGAAUUUCAACUGAAAACUAACCAACUUCUAUCGAUCCACGUAUGUUUAGGCUCUGAAGAAGAUCUUUAUGGCUAUGGUAACAAUUUUCCUUCUUUUCCUGCUAAAUCCACCGAUUCUCUGCAUGCAUACAGUAAUAUUAACGAUGAAAGCACUCGUUGUGCUUCAGUUAAGCAACGAAUAUCGUCUUCAAGGCGUAUUUCUGCAGCUGAACUCGAAAAUUUAAUGGUACAACAAAAUCAUUGCAAUUCACAAGUUACAUUUGGCCAAGAUUCAUUUGGAAAUAUUCGUGGUAUGAAAUUUAAUUCGGUCGCACAUAUGAAGCGUCGUAAGCAACGUCAAGGCGCUCCAUCACCGCAAAUUGAUCAUGAUAAAGUGACAUCCGAAUAUUCGCGACCGUUUAGGUCGACUAUUCGACCAAAAACACCUCCACCUCCGCCUCCACCUCCCGCAUUCCAAAAUUUUUAUUCAACUGAUGAUGAUUUAUGCGUAAAAGAGCAAAGCGAAUCCGAUGAGCAGGGGCAAGAGCAACAGAAAUUUUGUAAUUCAUCACCGAAUUCAUCAAGUUUGAACGGAAAUUGUGACUCUCGAAUAGCAUCAGUAACUGUAACUCAAGCAGCAGCGCCGCCACCUCCUCCACCUGCGCCUCCAUUAUCUUCUUAUAUGCUUCGAUCCAAAUCGCAGAAUAAUUUCCGGAAAAUAUUAGUAAUUAGCGCAGAAACUCUUUCAAAUGUUCGCUUAAAACCAACGCUACGACCUGACACACCAGCUGCUGCAAAUGUGCCAUUAGAUUUUGAUGCUGACCUGAGGAAUGCGCUUGCAAAACGCAGAAUUAAGGUGCUAAAUGGUAAAGUCGAUGCUGCAGAAAAUGCUAAAAAAGUGGUUUUCUCAGUGGAAAAUCAAUCGGAUUUCAAAACCGUUGGGAGCUAUGGUGGGUUAAGCUUAAGAGAAUCUGUUCAAGAAACUGUUGCGAAUUCAGCAGAAACUGUCAAAUCACAGCAUUCACCUUCUGGAAUCACCAAUAAAAAGGACAGUGGCUAUGCUUCAUCAAGAACUUCGUUAGAACCAUCCGAAUUUGGCGAAGAAACAAGUUCAACAUCGACCGUAAUAAGUAAAUCGGAAACUGUACAGGAGGUUGCAGAAGAAAAUAAUAUUACUCAAGUAUUUAUAACACCGACGAAAAAUGAGAAUCCCCUAAAUUCGACUAAUCGAGUCGCCAUUAUCAGUCAUCAAUUAGAAGAAACAUAUGGUGGUGGCGCGGUGACUAAAAAUAAAUCAUCUAUUCAUAAAUCAUCAUCAAAUAGCGAAAAUGAUGCGAUAAGCGUCUCGUCAACUCUUUCAACACUAAGCGGUACUUCUUCUGAUCCGGCUGCUCGCAAUAUUCUUCGCAAAGCCUCGAAAACUCCACCGAUUGAUUACGAAGACGAUGAACCGGAUAGUGGUACUGGUGAUUCUGACAACGAUUUACGUUCCACACAGACACUCGCCAACAAUCGAGAGAUUUUAAAUUCGAAUUUUCAAACGAAAAAAAUUCGUGAUUGGAAUGUUGAUGACGUGAUCGCUUGGCUAGGCUCCCUACAACUUGCUGAACACAAAGAACGAUUUCUUAGCGCUCGUAUAACUGGAAAAGACCUUCUUUUGUGUAAUCGCACUUUUUUUACGCGGCUUGGUGUUACACGAAUCGCUCAUCGACAAAUUAUCGAACAAUCAAUAAAAAAUUUAAUUAGUUCAUCAUCAUAUUCCAUCAUUUGGUUUAAUGCAAUGAUAUUUGAAAUAUUUUUAUUCGUAAUGCAAAAAGAAAAAUCUGUCGAGAUCAGUAAGCAAUAUUCCAGAAUUAUAAUGCUACCAGGGCAACGAAUGAGUUUAAAAACACCACUUUAUCCCAGUAAUCUGGCUUUUAUUGGUCGGAUCAUCGAUGUUCAAACAUUAAUCCUCUUGAAGAUUAAACCUUAUGCCGUCUCGGUCAUUUAUUCCUUUUGUAUACGCGAUAAAUUUAAUAAAAUUCUGGGAAAUAUCAAAAUUGCUUUGCGAAAUGAUAGUAAGACAAAUACGAUAAUUUACUCACCAUAUUAUGAUGAUAAGAAUCUUUACCAGUUUCAACUGCAAAUGAAUAGCAUAAUGCUUUCAAUAAGUGAUUUUAUUCAGGCAAAAUUUAAUCGAAAUUUUCCGUUAUCAUUUGAAAAAUACAGGAAAGAUCCACAUUCCGAAAUCGAAACCAUGAAUUCCUCGUUCAAUAAUAAGCGAAUAAAAAACAAAAUCAUCCAACCAUUAAAUAGAAAAAGCAAGCAAUGCGUUAAGAAUGCAAAACUUUCGCAAAUAAUUGAUGUCCAUUUGUUGAACGAUCUUGAAAUUUCAUUUUUAUCAUUACCAAUUGACUAA